AUGUGGCGUGACUGGUCGCAACCUCCUGGGGCUCCGGUCUCUCCAUCGGCUCCAUUGUCUCCGUUGGCUCCUGGCUGUCCUGGGGCUCCAGCAGAUCCGUUGUCUCCGGCUGGUCCUUGUGGUCCUUGGGAUCCUGGGUUUCCUGGGGCUCCUGGGGAUCCGGCUGGUCCAGCUGGUCCGUCUGGUCCUGGGGCUCCUGGGGCUCCGGCUGGGCCUGGAACCUCGACAACCUUUCCUGGGGCUCCUGGAGCUCCGGCGUUUCCUGGGUGUCCGUCUUGUCCAGCUUGUCCUGGGGCUCCUGGUCCUCCAGCGUUUCCGUUGUUUCCUGGGGCUCCUGGUUGUCCAUCGGAUCCUGGGUUUCCGUUUGGUCCCUUUGGUCCGGCUGGUCCUGCUGGUCCGGCUGGUCCGGCUGGACAGUCGAAGCAGAACUCGUGGUGUGGGGCUGGGGUGGCGGCUGGUCCGUCUGGUCCGUCAUUUCCUGGGGCUCCUGGUUGUCCAUCAGAUCCAUCUUCUCCGUCUGGUCCUGGUUGUCCUGGUGGUCCAGCAGCAGAAACUCCGCAUCCGCAGCAUCCUCCUUGGUGUCCGCUGAAGGAAGAUCCCUCAACUCCUGCGCUCUCGUAUCCAGCUUGA